CCAGCUCCCGGAGCCUGGGCGGACCGCGGGGAAAACUUCCUCCUGGUCCGGCCCGGGGCCGGCGGCUCUGUCUGCCCGCCCACCGGCGCCCCCAGUGUCCGCCAUGGCCAAAGCCUACGACCACCUCUUCAAGUUGCUGUUGAUCGGGGACUCGGGGGUGGGCAAGACGUGUCUGAUCAUUCGCUUCGCCGAGGACAGCUUCAACAGCACCUACAUCUCCACCAUCGGAAUCGACUUCAAGAUCCGCACCGUGGACAUAGAGGGGAAGAAGAUCAAACUGCAAGUCUGGGACACGGCUGGCCAGGAACGGUUCAAGACGAUAACCACUGCCUACUACCGCGGAGCCAUGGGCAUCAUCCUGGUCUACGACAUCACAGAUGAGAAAUCCUUCGAGAACAUUCAGAACUGGAUGAAAAGCAUCAAAGAGAAUGCCUCUGCUGGGGUCGAGCGCCUCCUGCUGGGGAACAAGUGUGACAUGGAGGCCAAGAGGAAGGUGCGGAAGGAGCAGGCCACCAAGCUGGCCCAGGAGCAUGGAAUCCGGUUCUUCGAGACAAGUGCCAAGUCCAGCGUGAAUGUGGACGAGGCUUUCAGCUGCCUGGCCCGGGACAUCUUGCUCAAGUCUGGAAGCCGCAGAUCGGGAAAUGGCAGCAAGCCCCCUGGCACCCAGCUGAAAACCGGCGACAAGCGGAACGCCAGCAAGUGCUCCCUGGGCUGAGGACCGCGCGGGCCUCCCCUCCGCACGCCAGGCAGCCGGACCUGGGGCGCGCGGGCUGAGGGCCUUGGAGGGGUAGGAGGGGUAGGAGGGUAGAUGGUAAGGAGAAAGUGGAGAAGGAGAGAGGAAAGGAAGAAGCGAGGGAAAUGAGAGGCAGGGAGAAGGGAGGAGCGAGCCUUGAGGAAGUGGCAGAAGGUGAGCAGGGAGGCGGCGAGGGAGGAGGCGGGGAGGCACCACGGCCUCGGGCCCCAGCCCUGCCCUGGGUUUUCAGGCAAACACGAAGGAGUCUGUUACUGGAUCAGGGUUCAGGGCCCCGGGAGAGGCUGGCCUGGCGGCAGCCUGAAGUUUCCUCACUCUGCAUUAAAGGCCACGUUUGCACAGA